AUGGGGUUCAAGGCCAUUGUCAGCGCAGCCCUGCUGCUGGGCCAGGCAAACUCAGUGCUCAGCAGACCGCAGGACCAAGGCAUAGUUCAAGUGUCGACCUCGAAAUCAGUCCAUCCGGGUGAACUGGCAAAUGUCCACUUGAACUGGCUUGACAGUCCGCCGAGUGCCAUCAGGGCUGUGUAUGCCCCCUGUUCGAACCCUAACUCCACCCAGCAUACUAUUGCCAGUUUCAAUGUCCGCGGACAGCCUCCGCAGCGACUUGCUUGGGCAGUUCCCGAGGAUGCACAGGCAAGCAACUGUAUCUACGUAUACGGAGCGCAGUCUACUAUCCUGGGUAAAAGCGAGCCCGUGCAUCUGACCCGAAAGGCAAAGAAGCGAUCCGUUGCCGAUCUGGACAAUCCCCUGCUGAAAGACUUUGACGCGCUGGGAGCCUGGUUCGACGGAGUAGCUGCCAUCAAGAAGAAGACAGAUUCCACUGGUGGUGUUGCAUCCGGAAACUCGUCCAAGCACGCAAAGAUUGCCAUUGUCGGCGCAGGUGUUUCUGGCCUUGCAACCGGGCUGAUGCUGGAUAGCGUUGGUAUCCAUAACUGGGAAAUCAUCGAAGCUAGUGAGCGCGUUGGAGGUCGCUUCCGGACGCGAUAUAUGGCGGACACAGAUGAAUGGGCUGAGAUGGGCCCUAUGAGACUUCCACACUCUGUGACCUACAAGGACAACAACGAGACACUCAAAUACACCGACCACGAGUUGACUUUCCAGCUGGCCCACACCCUCAACGACAUGAACAAGAACGACUCCAAGUGGAAGGUCGACUUCAUCCCCUGGAUCCAGCACCAUCCCAACGAAUUGAUUGCCCAGGACACGCUUCGACACCCCGAUGGGCGUAUUCCCACUCGCGCUGAGAUUGAGGCAGACUCAAGCCUGAGUGAGGCUUCUGAUAUCGAUACCGCAGAGUAUCACAACACCGAGAACCGGAUGGACCUCAUCCUCAAGAACGAAACCACUCUCAAGUCCCUGCAAAAGGACGUCUGGCGAGCCCACAAAACCGCCAUGGACGAGGGCCUAGACGACUGGAGCGAGCAGGCCAUGAUGCGCCACGUCUUCAAAGCUAGCGAGAACGUCACCGACGAGAUCUGGACAUCCUCCGACUACGACGUUUUCUGGGACGAGCUGCACCACAACUCCAACCUGGGCCUGGAUGGCACCAAAGAAGCCCUCGGAGAGACAAACUGGCUGUGCAUCGACGGAGGCUUCAAUCGUCUCUCUGAUGCCUUCCUCCCCCAUGUCAGGAACAGACUCACCCUCAACCGCCAGAUCCGCAAGCUAGAGACCGUACCAGGCCCUAACAACACCACACGCACCCGUCUCUCAUGGUAUCCCAGCGUCACGAACCGCACCUACGAGUCCAAAGACUACGACUACACCAUCAUGGCCGUCCCAUUCACCCAGACCCGCUUCAUGGACCUCCCCAAAUUCUCCUCCGUUCUCUCCCGCGCCACCAGCGAAGCCGGCCUGCGCUUCGCAUCCGCCUGCAAAGUCGCCCUGCUCUUCCGCGAACGCUUCUGGGAAAAGGGCCCCCGCCCCAUCUUCGGCGGCUACUCCAAACCCCCCAGCGACCCCGUCGGCGCCCUAUACUACCCCGUCUACGGGCUCAACGAGUCUCGCCCGGGCCUGAUAAUGCACUACCGCGGUGGGGACUGGAGCGACCGCUUCGUGAGUUUCUCCGACGAGGAGCACGUGCAGACGGUUCUUGAUUCCAUUGUGUCUCUGCACGGGGAGCAGGCGAGGGAGCUGUACACGGGCGACUAUGAGCGGCUUUGCUGGUUGCAGGAUGAGCAUACCGCGACGGCGUGGUGUCGGCCGGAUGUUGAGCAGCAUAAGCUCUAUAUCCCGGCUUAUCAUAACACGGAGCAUAACACGAUCUUCAUUGGGGAGCAUACGGCGCCAACGCAUGCGUGGGUGAGCUCGUCGCUGCAUUCUUCUGUGCGUGGGUCUGUGCAGCUGCUCCUGGAGCUUGGGCUGGUGGAUGAGGCGAAGGAGUUGAAUGAGAAGUGGAUGGGGAGGUGGAUAAAGCUGUAA